UGUACACAUACAGACAAUAAGUAUACACAUACAUACAUUACUUUAUUGUGAAUACCAUUUUGGCACAGGCUUCAUAAAAAAGACAGACAAUACGUAUAACUAGACAGACAAUAGACAACCCACAAAUUACAUACAACUCACAAUGAAAUGACAAACAACUAAAUAUGAGUUACAGACAACUUCCCGACUCUUACAGACAACUCACAAUAACAUGACACACAAGUCAUUACUGACAACUCAAAAUAUAUACAGACAACUAAUAAACAAAUGACAAACAAUUAAAUAUCAAAACAAAUACAAACAACUAAUUACAAAAACAAAGUAUGUAAUUAUCAUUUGCUUUAAAUCUCUCAAUCUUGAUCUUCUGAAUCCAUUUCAUGCCACGAUUAGAAAUAUCACCUGUCUUGCUCCCGAUUCGAAAAGAGACAUAGUUCUCAAUCACGGGCCUUCAAGAUACUAGUAUUGGUCACGAAGAGUUAGAAGAUGUCCCUGAAGCAGUAACAUGGUUAAAGCUCCUUUUAGUUAAAAUACAUUUAAUUUAAAUGAUACAUUAACUUGACAAUAAACAAGUACUACGUAAUAUUCAAACCCCAUCAAUAAAGAAGUCAUAGAGAAGACAUACACAAGUUACUGAUAGUUUACAAGAUGCAUGGGCAUUCACAUAAUUGUCUGUACACAGACAAUGUGACCGGCUACACAGGCAAAUUGAGUGGCGAUUUAUGAAGAAAAACGUUUUUCACACAGAAAAAAUAAAAAAUUGUCUGUAUCACAUAUACUUUAUAAUAAAGAAGUUCUAUGACGUACUUCUUUACAAGAUGCAUUCACAUAAUUGUUUGUACACAGACAAUUUGACCGGCUACACAGGCAAAUUGAGUGGCGAUUUAUGAAGAAAAUCAAUUUUCGCACAGACAAAAAUUAAAAAAAUUGUGUGUAUCACAGACACUUUAUGAAAAAAUCUAAUCUAAAAUGUCUGCGAUACAGACAAAUCUUUACAAUUUGUCUGUGAAAAUCAAUUUAACAGAGAAAUUUUUGUAUUUUAUAUGUGAUACAAACAAAAUUUUAAAUGAUAAACAUCACAAUCUAUUUAGUAUAACAGUGUAAUAAGUACUAGUAUUCAACAUCAUAACAACAUAUCAUAACAACAUAUGUGAUAUACAAAAUUAAAAAGGGAAUAUAUAUAUACCCUAGAUGCACAAAAAAGAUGAAAUAAAGUAUUACCUCAUGAAUAAUAUUUGAGAGAGCAAGGUAGAUUGAAGUUGUGAUUCCUAUUUUUCUGUGCGGAUUUAGAUCUGCAAAAAAAAGUGAGAGGUUUUGAGAUGAAGAAAACAAGAAGAGAAGAGAAAAAAGAUGGAGAAAGGGAGAUAAAGAGAGAGUUAUAUACGAAGUAUGAGGGAGAAGCAAAGAGGAAAAGAGGGAGAAGAAAGUUGGGUGGAGGGAGGGAGAGAAACGAAAAUGAAAAGAGGAAAAGAGGGAAAAGAAAGUUAGGCCUGGGAGGGAGAGAAACGAAAAAAAGAAAAGAGGAAAAGAGGGAGAAGAGAGUUAGGCGCAGGGAAGAAGAGGAAAAAAGGAAAAGCAGGAAAGAGGGAAGGGAGAGAUAAUACCGUGGAAAAGGGGAGGGGUGGGCCUUUUUGUGCUGUGUAACCGGUUGUGUAACCGGUUGUGUACACAACGCAUUCUCCUCCGUAUAAUUAUGUGUUGUUCGAGUGACCCUUACGACCCAUAUAAAAACAAAUUGCAAUAAAUAAAAAUAGGACUAUGUUGUGUUUUAUUUCUUGAAUAUGAGUAAUCUGUCAAGUUUGAAAAAUGCAAGGUUUAAAACUUAGUAAUGUCAAAUUUGGCAGCAAUUUACUCUUAUUUAAGGAAUUAUCUGUGUAUUCAACCGUUUUAUACUUAUGUAAUUCGAUGUAAGAAGAUACGCAAAUUUAUAGAAUUAAAUAUCUGAAUUAACCUGUGAGCAUCCAUGUUCAGAUUAUUUUAUAUUAAAAAAAAGAAAAGGUUCAAAUAAGACUUUCUACUAUUAUGCAAUCGUCAUAUAAGACUAUGUACUCAAUAAAGUGUCAUAUAAAUAAGUCUACUUAUAAAAAGCAAUCGAAUGAGUCAAAAUGACCUUUUGACAACCUCAUAGUCCUAAUUUUGGCGUACAUCUAACUACCCUUUUAAAAUAUAUGUUCUAUGAUUGUUGUGAAAUGUUUAGCUAUGGUUGACUUAAAUGGAAUGUGAGCUAAAGUCGUGAUUAGGAGGUUGUUAACAGAUAAGUUGAACUCAUCUGAUUGCUUUUUAUAAGUAGAUGUAUUUAUAUGACACUUUAUUGAGUAUAUGGUCUUAUGUGACGGUUCAUAAUAGUAGAAGACCUUGUUUGACCCUUUCCUCUCAAAAAACAUUAACUUACAUUUUAUAAUCUUUAAUCAUUCCAUUUCUCAUCUUCUACCGUCCCUUGAUUUUAUUCAUUGUUUCCAAGCAUGUAAAUUUUAUUGAGAAUGUCGAGUUACAUAAUUAUUAUCAAAAUAAAUAAAACCUGAGUUACUUAUUUGAGAUUUUUACUGAAGUUACUGAAUUAUUUUAAUUGUUUAAGUCAUUUAAUUUGAGAUUUAUAAUCACACAAUUUUGUAUACACUUACUACUCCGUAUUACCUAUUAAUAAAGGACCAUAAGUUACAUUAAGAAUACUCUGUAAUUCACAACAACGAUGUAGUCAUAUACUACGUAAAAGUGAGGCAAAAUUUAUACGGCGAAAUUGGAGUAUUUCAUACUCCGUAAGUGAAUACUGUUUUAAUAUGUUCUACAUUUGCAAGAGAAAAAGAAUGAAAACGGUGCAAAUAUACUCCGUAUUAUCGUACAUUGUAGAUUCAAGAAUGAAAACGGUGCAAAUAUACUGUAUGUGUCACUUUAUAUACGGAGUAGUACAUACGGAGUAUGAAUUAAAACGUUUCAUCUAGCCCUGUUUCGAGUCCAUUAAAACAUAUACAGACUUCCAUUUUUCCUGCUCUCUUGGUCGAAAUCAUACCCUGAUACCCCCAAGGCCCCAACCAUCCACUUUCACUUUGGUCCUUCGAUUUGUCCAAAUCAAUCCUAAAUCCCAGCCAAAAUAGUCUGCAUUUAAAUCCUCCUUACUGGGGAGCAAUGAUAUAUACACCCACACACAAAUUAAUACACACACAUAUAAUAUACUUGUAUAUCACACAACCAUAUUCGGAUCUACUCAUGUAUAUAGAUUGCCCAUGUAGUUGUUAAGCAAAGCAACAACUCACCGGACAUUCCAGAGUAUGAGGAAAUCUAUUUACUCCGAAAAAUAGUUACAGAUUUACCGUUAGGGCUAGUCCAAAAAUAUUUUCACCAUGCCUCUCUUCUUCUUGGUGAAGUCUGCAAGCCUCAAUGACUCCAUCCGUCCGCCACUCACCAUGUCUCCGGUCUCCCAUCCCUUGCUGUCCAGUGUCCACCAUCAACUGCGUGGCAUCAGCCGCCUGCGUCAUCCCAGCAGCCCGCUAACUCGCCAAGGCAGCCCAACUGAACUAUUGAUCGCAUCAUGCAGUCCAAGACGGCCACCGCCUACUGUAGCUUCCUUUGUCACUCGGCGAACUCAAUCUUAUCUCACACUCUCAAGACCCAUGAGAGAGGAGUUUAGGGGAGGUUAUAAAGAUGCGAUUAAAUCAAGACUUUCCUCUCGUUUCUUCACUUUUCAAAUGACAUGACCAUAAAACAUUUAGAGUUCCAAUGCACUGCACUACUGGUACCCUAGCCUUAUUACUUUGACCAGGUCACUCUGCUUUUAUGCCCUUUUCAUCCCCUGUCUUGUACUCCGUAAUAAGAAUGAGAAAGCAAUAAAGCAUCGACUUGUUUCUACUCCAGCGGUAUACAUUACUUUAUUAUCCUUGAUGGUGACAUUUUUGAGCGGGAGAAAUGGUCUGAAUUCCACCUCUUUUUAUAUAGAGAUAGAUUAGCAGGAGGCAUUAAUUUAUUAAGUUGGGCUGCAGGAACAUCUAUUUGGUCAUUAUGGAAGCCAAGUUGCCUGUUGUGAGGUUAAUGAGACAAUGAGUCACUGUAUCGGUUUAAGGAUGAUUGUAUGCUUAAUUUUAUGGUUUGUGACUGGAUUGAUUAUAUCUUUUAUAGUCGACAUAAGCGAAUUUCUGAGAUUUUAAUAUAAGCCUUUUCUAUUCAAA